AUUCCGUGCAGCUUACAGGCAUUUCGCGUUGUGCGAAAAUAGCUCCAUUUGAUCGAAGUAGAAUGACGCCGAAACUCUUCGAUAUAAAUAGCCAACCCAUUACCGAUUAUGGUUCCUUCGCCGCGAAGACUGUGAAGACAUUUCACCAAUGGGAAAAGCAUACCUGGAGAUGUCAACGCGAACUCGGGUUUCAAUGCGGGCUCAAGCAAACUGUGGUAGGGAGUGGUACAACUCAACAGACAGUGCAGUCGCGGUCGCUUGCGGCUCAUCAGCGUAGCUGGCUCCGGUCGACGUCUGCGUUGGCUAUUGUGAUUGUGCUGGUAGCGGUGGGUGUCAUGUGGCCUUCAAGGCGCAAGCAGCCGCACAUCGUUUUCAUACUGGCCGACGACCUGGGCUGGAACGAUGUCAGCUACCACGGGAGCCACCAGAUUCGAACUCCCAACAUCGACGCUCUUGCCUGGAACGGCGUUCGUUUCGACCGACUGUACUACCAGCCUCUGUGCUCGCCGUCUCGUGCGGCCCUCAUGACCGGGCGCUACCCAAUACACACAGGAAUGCAGCAUCACAUCAUACUUCAGAAUGAGCCCCGAGGAUUGCCUCUGCACUUGAAACUGCUUCCAGAAUGGCUGAAUGGACUAGGGUACUCGUCCUACAUGGUUGGGAAGUGGCAUCUCGGCUUUCACAAAACUGAAUACACACCCACAAGAAGGGGCUUUUCUAGCCACGUGGGAUCCUGGGGUGGCUUCGUCGACUACUACUCCCACGAUCGACGCGUGCCUGACAUGCCAUAUGGCUUAGAUUUUUAUCGUGACCUUACGCCAUCCAGGAGUGAUGACGGGGCAUAUUAUACCCACAUCGUCAAUGAGGAAGCCGUGUCAAUUAUCAGGAGCCACCCGAAGGAGAAGCCGAUGUUUCUCUAUGUGGCACACUUGGCACCGCACUUUGCCACCGAGAGGGAACGUCUACAAGUUCCCGAAAUGUACCUGCGUGGCUACGACGGCAUUGGACACGUCAACAGGACUCUGUACGCCGGGAUGGUUUCCGCCUUGGAUGAGUCCGUCGGCGAUAUAUUCAAGGCUCUUCACGAAGAAGGCAUGCUGGAAGACAGCAUGCUCGUGUUCACAUCCGACAACGGCGCCUGCUCGACGAGCUUUGGUCUGGAUGCAGCUUCCCCUUGGCCACUGAAGGGAGAGAAGGCGACCCUCUGGGAAGGAGGUAUCCGCGUGCCGGGGCUGGUAUGGACAUCCGAGCCUCUUUGGCGCGGGCCUGGGUCCGUCUAUGAGCGUUUCUUCCACGUUACCGACUGGCUGCCCACGUUAUAUGAGAUGGCAGGAGGAUCUGCGGGAGACUUGGGAGACGUCGACGGCGUGAGCCACCUGCACUCAUUUCGCUACCCGGCAAGUCAGGCGCCAAGGAACGAGCUGUUAGUAAACAUAAACCCGAUCCUGAACAACUCAGCCAUUAUACAAGGCCGAUACAAGCUGGUCAUUGGCGCCAGCGUCAACGGACAGAGUGACCACUGGAUUCAAACUGCUGGUUCCCAGUAUCCCGACGGAAAUUCCGCCAGUAGGGCCAUGGACGCUUGUAGAAAUUCUGUCGUCGUACGAGUACUUCACAGCCGUGGUGACUUGAGCCCCGUCUGUGGAGAACCGACGAAACCCCUGCCAGAAGGGGUUCAUUAUUCGGCGCCGGUGGAUUGUCGCAGAAGGAACGUGAAACUUGAUGCACGCUGCGACUCCGAGGCGGCGCCCUGUCUUUUCGACGUAGUCGAAGAUCCAUGCGAGUACAACAACAUAGCCAACGAAAUGCCCGAGGUCGUUCAAAGGCUCCUGGAACGGUUGGACCACUACGAGGAUACUGCCGUGCCGCCUGGGAAUCAAGAGCCCGACGAGCUCGCAAAUCCCGCCCUGCAUAGCAAUGUUUGGGUUUCAUGGCGAGACGAGUAGCCACAACUGUGGCAUCGGCAGCUUCCCCAAUGCUCCGGGCUUACUUUACUGAACUUAAUGUCGAAGUUUCGUUCAACGAGCCGCAACCUGUGCAUAGUGCUUUACACUCGCGCGACACCACCGGAGUCCUGCUUCCCUUAAAUGCCAUUUUCAUAUCUCUAUUGCCGUGCGAACAAGCGGCGUGCUGGUGCACUGUCAGUACUCACUUCUUCGGGGCUUUUUUUUCUUUCUUUUGGUUCUGUUUUAAUACUUAAAGUAAAGGCCCAUAUGGACAUCAUUACACAGAACGUGGGAACGAAAACUACAAUAUUUAUGUACAGCAUUUGCGAUAAGGUAUCAUUAGUAUGUAGAGAAUAGCAAGGCUAAACAUGAAAAGUCGGGUGUCAUUUCUGAACAACUAAUUCUGCGUGGUUACUUCGCUGUCCUCACAUUACUAUUAUUGCGAUAGCAAUCAUGCUAACACAAGAUAUUCGUUCGCUCUGGAGAGAGACGCAACAGACACAA